AUGUUUAAGAAUAGAAAAACAUAUUUCACAGGUGUUGAGCCAUGGGGUCUAGCCACUGCUGAUUUAAAUAAUGAUAAUUUUAUAGAUAUAGUUAUUACUAAUUAUGGUUCAUCUGCAUUAAAUGUUUUGUUAAAUGAUGGAUAUGGAAACUUUAAUAGACGGGACACAUAUUAUAUCGGUGGAACUCCAAUGUCAGUUGCAUUAGCUGAUUUAAAUAAUGAUACAUUCAUUGAUAUUAUUGCUGCAAAUUGGGGUGACAAAUAUGUUUAUAUUUUCUUAAAUAAACAAAAUGGAAAAUUUCAAACAUAUCAAAGAUUGACCACCGAUUCGUCGUAUGCUACUGCUGUUACAACUGGAGAUUUUAAUCGAGAUGGAAAAAUAGAUAUUGCUGCUGUUACUUAUGACAAUACUUUGAAUGUUUUUUUAAAUCAAUGCUAA